AUGGACCUCAGGAACCCAGCACAAGACGAGGACGAGGACAAGGAUAAGAGUAAGAGCAGGAAGGAUAAGAGCAAUGAGAGCAGGGAUAACGGUAAGAGCAAGGAUCAGGACAAGAGUAAGAGCAAGGAUAAGGACAAGAACGAAGAAUCGAAGGACAUGCCAGAAAACAUGAAUCAUUUAGCUGUUAAGAAGGCAAAUUGGAGGGUGCAAGUUGUCAUCUUUGUGGCAUCGCUCCCGAGCUUCCUUGUUCGGAAGAAGGCGCCGGCUGCAAGGCGAUAUUCACUGAUAGAGCCUACGCUUGAUCCACAGCUUCCUGUGUCCGGCCGCAGCCUUCACUGCUUCAUCUAUCGGCUGGACCCCCCUGGUGUGGUACAAGAGAAGGAGUCGCAGGUUGAUCAGCCCAGGAGCGACGAGUUUUCAGCGCUGCUGCAUCAGGCCAUACACAACAGCCUCUCCUCACAAUCACACAAGGUUUGGAAGAUCUACCCCGGCAAGACUUACCUGGAUGUUGACUGCAUGCCUCUGCUCCUCCUGGAAGAAACUAGAACCUCAAAGGCCAAGUACUUAUGCAACUGCUCCAUCUUCGUGCCUCUCAUCUCCUGGGGAAGUGCCCACAGUGUACUCGACGAUCUUGCAUGCAUCCACUUCGACGGAGCAAUCGAUCAGGAAAGCCACUUCCUGGUUCACGCAUUAUGCGCCAUUUACCUGCUUCAGAAGAAGGCAGGAAGGCUACAAACUAUCAUGCCAAUCACGCGGGACGAGUCAAGGGGGAAGGUCAGCAUGGCAGAAGCCUGCCGACGGCUCAGCACAAAGCCAUCGAUACCAAGCUGCAAGCGAGCCUGCGUGCUGCUGCAGGAAGGAGGCGUCGAGAUGGGGCAGGGAGUGAUUCUCAGUUUUCUUCUGGGCAUCUCCGUACGUGAUGCAGUGAUGAUGCUUAUGCCGUCGAACUGGAGAGAAGAAGCUCUACCGGACUGGGAGCCGGCAGGAGGUCUGACAACCAAGAAUUCGUACAGCCUGUACAAUGUGAAAAUCGAAGGGAACGAUAAAGUCAGUGCAAGCGAGGCUGCAGAGAUGAUCGUAGACUGUCUGGUGAAGGUGCUCAAGGAACAUGUAGAGAAAAAGCUGUGGGAGUUUACAAACCACAACCCACGUGGAAUUGAGCUGCUGAAACUGCUACGAGAGUCAGGGAUAUAUGACAAAUUCGACAAGUACUUUGCGCUGCGAGGAAUCGAGUCCCUCCAUCAAGUGCCGAGCUUCACUCGCGGCUCUCCGUCCAAUGGAAGCAAGAGGGAGCAAGUGGUCCACCGGCCAUGCAGUGACAUCACAGCUUACAACGCGUCAGACGAAGGGUCGAUCCGAGCGCUGGAAAGGCUCGUGGAGGACCACCGGGACGAUGAGCGCUUCCUCCCCUUGCAGGAGCGUCUCAACCGCUACCGUGACUCAGAGGUUGAUGGCAUCCUGGCCCUCCGCACCACCAACUCAAUCGAGACAGCCAUGGUGAAGCUGCCGGCGCGAUGCUGCGUCCUCUGGCUGAGUAUGGUGUACCUUGUCUUCGGGAUCAACCAGCUCGGCCCUCUCUUCACCGAGCAGAUCUGGUUGCCAGAGAAGAACUCUACCACUCCAGUGCAGCCCAAGACAGUGAGAAUCGCCAAGGUUGCAGCGCCAGUUAUCAGCUUCUACUGGUCUUUCUUGUUCGUUGCAGGCGUCAUCGUCGGGCAGGUCAGCACGCCGCUACGAGCCAAGUGGCUGAUGCUGUUCGCGGGCCAUCUAGUCAUUGCCGGCAACGUCUUCAGCUUCAUCGUAGAUAGCAUUCAGUGCUCGGUGGAGGGGACAGGGAUCGGACCUAACUGCAAUGCUUACACGCUCAUCCCUUCCAUUGCGGUGAUGUCGUUUGUGAUGUACCUUGCUCAUAGAGUUCAGCACUACUUCUGGAUGGCUGCCUUCUUCCUCCAGGGCCUCUACUGCUUUUACUGCAUUUACGCUUUCCCUGCUGACAGCGUGGACUUGAAGAUCGGGCUCGGAAUGUGUCUGUUCCUGGCCAUUGGCUGCUGCUUCAUCGCCAUCGCCAUCAUCGUCCAGUACCGCCGCUCCUAUAGACAAACAUUGAGGGAACUGCAGACGGUCAUGCAAGGCUUUGACGACACCUGGCAGAAGAUAGAGGAGGAGAACAAGCAGAGCAUCGCGGCAGUGAGCGUUCAAGCACGCGAGAUCGCGCAAGAGCUGCAGGCAGUGGUGAAGGAAGACUUCAAGACGUGGGGGAGGUGGCUCUCAGCGAUGGCGGGAUGGCGAAGGGCGAGGUACUCGACAACGGACUCAAAGAUCCGGCAGGAGAGCAGAGACAUCGAGAAGCUGUUCCAGGAGGCGCAGGAGAUCAGCGCUGCCUUCCAGCUGUGGGUGUCAGCUUGGAACCAGGUCGGCAGAGUACAGCAUGGGAACGUGAAAUCUUGUGCGCGAGCGAUACAGAAGACCGUGAGAUCGUACGGGCGAGACCCUUCCUGCUUGACGGACCUGGUCCGAUGCACUAUCCUAGUGCAGUCGAUGGAGGAGGUGCAGGAGUGGCUGAGCUGCUUCCGCCGCAUCUCGGUGGUCGGUUAUGGGGUGAGCGCGAGGGACAGGAGAAGAGCAAGCGACGUAGCCCCUGAGGACGUGGAGAUGGGAGGGCGGGAGAUCUUCAUGAGCGUCACGAGCAUCAAGAACCGCUAUGAUCCCCGAUACGAUGCCAGAUUGAGCGGAGGUUACCGAGAUAUGUGCAUCUGCGUGGGAUGGACGAUAGACGAAGCGAGUCAAACUUGCAUGUUUGUGCCUGUGAGGGAGUGGGGAAAGAUGGAAGUUCGGAAACACAUCUGCGAAAUCCAGGUGUUGCUAGAAGUGAUGCAAGGAGUGAAGAAGGUGUUGCACAAGGAGUACGUGAACUUCCGCAACAUCAUGUGCCAGUGA